GUCUAUUAGCACUGGUGUUGGUUGGUGUUGUCAUGGCAACCAUGAAACUAGUGUUUAUGUUUAUGUUUUUGUAUGGUUGAAUUCAAAAGUAAUAUUAUUUUGGGUUUUACAGGGUACAACUUUAAUAUUUAAAAAUAUUAUUGAUGAGAACGAUAGACUCUUCAAUCGUAAUUAGAAAUCAUGAAUAUCGUAAAAAUUACUCGUCAUGAAAAUGCAGCUUGUGAGCAGCAAGCAAAAUUUGCCAACGACAGGAUAGCAUCUGUUGAAAAAACCUUUUCUGAGCUUUGUUCUGUUAUGGCUGGCUAUACAAGGAAAGUAGCAAGGGUCAGAGAUAUGAACGACAAUCUGGCGAAAAAUCUACAUAGCUAUUCGGAAAGUGAGAAAAUCAAUAGAAGUUUGAAGCAGGGCCUCGGUGAUUUUUCAAAUACUUUGGUUGAGAUUGGUGACUAUCGACCUUCAAAUAUUGGUUUUUCUUUUCAGAAUAUUGAAACGCAAAGACUGGACAAGAGAGUGGUGCAAGAGCUAGUGCAGUACGAGUCAGUUUGCCGAAAUGCCAAAGACGAGGUGAAAAAUAUAUUCUCAGCAAGAGAUCGAGAACUUGCUUGGAAGAAGCAGCUUGAAAGAGUGAAAGAGAGGAAUCCCUACAACAGACAACAAAUCACGACCGCGGAAUCAGAAUUGGUGAAAGCUUCAGUGGAGGUGUCUCGGACUCAAAAAGCCUUGGAAGAGCAGAUGGAUUUGUUUGAAAAGAAGAAGCUUCAUGAUUUGAAGGCCAUACUGAUGGACUUCAUUGCCAUUGAAAUAGAAAGUCAUGCGAGAGUUAUCGAACUGUUCACAAGAGGCUAUCAAGAGCUGAUGCAAAUUAAUGAGGAUUAUGAUUUGGAGGACUUUCAGAGAGAACGUGGAAUCACAGAGACGAGCUUUCAAGAUUCACUGAAAAUGUCAGAGACUGCAUCAAGAAUUGAGACAGUGAGGAAAACAUCAAUGAGGAAUACAUCUUUAUUGUCAACGCUACUGGCUAAACAAAAGAAAGUUCCGAAAAAGUCUUCCAGUGGCAACUCAUCGUCUCUAACCACCACCACUACUAGUAAUAGUGCUGACUUGGUGGAGGAUUUGAAGCAGGAUGAUUAUGAAAUGGAUGAGGAUGACGAAGAUCAGAUCAGUGUAUCGGAUGGGGAAUCAUCAUCACUGUUAUCAUACGACAAUGUAGCAAAUGAAGUUGAUCGAUCAAAAAACCAGAAAUGAAUGUAUUGGAGAAAAAACUAUGCACAUAGAUUUAUUAGAGACAUAUAGACUAUUAUUAAUUGAUAAAUAUUGGUUUCAUUGGAUUUUGAAAAUCCCUUCAAUAUAUCAGAGAAAAAUAUAUAGGUAAUAAUAAUUGAUUAAUGAUUGUUUCAUUAGACUUCGACGAUCCCCUACAGUUAAGAAAAAUAUAAUAUAAUGAUAUAAAUAUAAUUAUUAUUGAUAAAUAA